CUGGCUUCACCAGCCUAUGAAGCCUCCUGAAGCCUAUAUAUUCUGUGACUAUGUAGCUCACUUCAGUUAAGUAACAAUAACAAACCAAGUUCAAAAGAGAAGCAUGUGCAUUUGUGAAUUUGUGCCUUGUGACAUCUUGACAGAUGCUUCAGGAUUUGGUAUACAUUCAUCCCGCAAAUAGGCCCUUGCUGAAUUGUUCUAUUCAUGAAAAACUCAAGAAUCUAUAGUGAAGCACUUACCGCAAAACUCAAUGAGCAUGACACAACUGAGCACUGCGGACUAGUGAGAAACUCCACCAAGCUAAAGUGAAUCUCUUCCAGAAAUAAACAAAGGCUAUGGACAGUACUACUCCUCCAAGUGACACCUUAAUCGUCCGCAACUUUUCAAAUGAAUUGGAAGAUGACUCUAAAAGAGACUUCUUUCACUAUUUUGGCGCAAAUGAAAUCCGAAUUCUGAAGUCUCGAACUAAAAAGAAUGCUUCCAUUAUUGCCAGAUUUCCCAGCAAAUAUCAUGCAGCAGCUGUACUACAAAAGAUACACCAAACAAAACUCGGUUCAAGCAGACUGUCUGCUGAGUUUGCCAAGACUGAAACUAGUUUUCCUGUUGAUGAAGAAAAAUGUUCCCUGGAAACCGGUGUAAAGGAAAAGUCCAAGCAUGUACCAGAACCGACUUCAAAAUCUGUUCAGAGAUUUCUAAAUUCUAUGAAUAACUGGUUGUCUGGGGUGAAUUUUAAAGUACCACCACCAUGUCAUCUCAGAUAUCAGUAUCCUCCGCCCUCCCCUGAGGUUCUGGAAAAUAUAGCAAAGACAUUGGCUGCAGUCCCCAAAUUUUACACACAGGUGCUGCAUUUGAUGAAUAAAAUGAACCUUCCUUCUCCAUUUGAACCAGACUUCCCCAUCAUCUGUGAUAACCUUUUUGAAAUUAAAAAACCUUCCAAUGAGACGAACAUAAUUGCAGAUAACCCAGGAGUUCCUGAAAACUCAAACGAUGAAGAAUCAGAGAUAGAAAGUGAUGAAGAUGUACAUACACAGCUCAAGGUUGUUAUCCCAGAUAUCAAAUCCAAACCCAAAAAAGCAAUGAAAUUAAAUCCUUUGAAGGUUCUUAAAUCAAAGCGAGUGGAAAAAACAUCUCCAUCCAAGCGGAGGAAGCUGGAGACAGAAAAUGUAUUUGAGAAAUCAAAUCUUGAGCCUGGGCAAAAGACAAUCCAAGUGAAAUUGACCACCCCUGAUUUGAACUCAAUAGCAAGAAACGAAACUGAGCUUUUAACUGAAGAGGGCGGGUUUGGAGUUCUCAAUGUUACCAGCCAGGUAGAUGCAGAACCACCAGUUUCUUCUCGAACUGAAAAUGAGGAAAAGACACUUGCAGAUGACUACCCUUGUAUAACUGCCAAAGAACUUGCUGCAAAUCGUUUAUCUAAAAAGGAUCUAUCCAAUCUACCGGUAUUCAAAAACUACUCGCCAGGAAUUCCAUCAUGCCGAUUGUAUAUUAAAAAUUUAGCAAAAAAAGUUACGCCUGCAGAUUUACAUCACAUUUACAGGCGGUACUUUCUCAAAUAUCAUGAAGAGCAAGGCACAAUGUUUGACGUUCGUUUAAUGCAAGAAGGCAGAAUGAAAGGGCAAGCAUUUGUCACAUUGCAAACUGUGGAACAAACUAAGAAAGCUCUGGAAGAAACAAAUGGAUACAUUUUAAAAGACAAACCAAUGGUUGUGCAAUUUGCCAGAAGUGCUCCAGCAACUAAACUGGAUUCAUCUGCUACAUAAAUUCGUGUGCUAAGCAGAAAUUCUGACAUAUAUUAAUUGGAGCGUCAGGGCUGAGCUAAAAAAUAUGAGUGGACUGUAUAUAGGUGUGUCUCAUCUCUCUCUCCGAAAACUGAAUCCCCUCGAACCUAAAACGUGGUGGCGCUCAGCCGAUCAUCUUCCCAAAACCCUUUUGUUUGGGAAGAUGACAGCUAUGCGGCGGUGCGGCGGUUGUUCUGGACAGCGGUGGGCUCCAAGGCCGAGGUCUCCACAUGCGGUGGCAAAGGAGGCGGUAGUGACAAAAGAAAAAUGCAGCUUACCGUGCAGUACAGCUAAUAAAGGAAGAACGUGCUAAUAAGAAAGCGAAAGAAUCAGAAUGCUAAUAAAGAAAUCCUCAGGAUGCGGAACAGCUAAACUCCAAGCAGCUUCGACGUACAAGCAGGACGUGACAAAAAGACAAGCACUAGUGACCUACAUAGGGACCGGCACGGUCAGCUGAUCGCGAGCAGCGUGGUGCGCGGAGCGCCCUCAGGCGGCGGUCGGGCGAAGUUCGCUAGGAACAAACGCCGCGGAGAGAGACAAUACGUAGCGGUGCAACGCGUGUUGUCCGUGUGCGUAUUGCGGGGGAAACUUCCGAGUUUCCAAAUACCUGGUGGAUCCGCUGUGGCGGGAACAUACUCCCCGGGCGGAAGAAGGUGCAAGUACGUAGCGGGAGCUUGAAAAGCUGCGGAAAAGCGCUCAAGGAGCGGCGGUAAGGCAGGCUGAGCCUGGCGGAGACGUGGGUGGUCUACCGGGUCUACAAGACCUCGUAGACCGCGUCAGGCGUCACGAUGGCACUGGGCUUGUCCCAGUCGGCGGACAGUCGCUGACGGCGGUACAAGAGGCGAGCCUGGAACACCGGCACCUCAACGUCGUUUUCCAGGUCAUCCACAACUGAAGCGAUGGGGUCGGCGAAGCGCACGGACUGCGCCGGCCGGCUCCUUUCGGGAGCGGAAGAACUCUGGGUUGACUGCCGAGUCAAGAGGGUCGUGGCACGAGGUUCUACCGUGGGGAAGGCGUGGUGUAGAAUUGAAUGGUGCCGUUCUCGGCAAAACCGUCAUUUCUUCGGACAUUGGCAUCGGCUUGCCAGAUGCGUCCCCAGGCAAUUGGAGCAACGGUCGUGGGACUCCACAAGUUGGAGUCGCUCCGCCGGGGCCAAGGCCAGGAGCUCGGGGCACGACAGCGAAAUGUGCUCGUGAAAGCACCAGACGCACCGUAGGGUGCGCGACCGGACAUGGUGUGGCUGCCUCGAGCGGGAAGUGUCAAUAACAACACGACGUUCAUCAACAACAUCAGAACGGUGGCGACGUCGCUCCUCUGCGCGCUCUUUGCGCUGGUGACGUCGUCGGCGGUCGGCGGCGGUGGCGGCGGGUUCUUGGCGACGCCGUUCUUCGAAAGCGAGGGCGGAUGCGCGCUCAAGGUGGCAUCUUCGUCGAUGUUGCCAAUCAUCGAACUGUUCUUGAAACAGUUCGGGAUCGUCGGUCUCAGGCAGGGGCUCGCAGAACCUAUAGUAGUCUGCGGCCUUGGUGCUGCGUGGGCGGCGGCGGUUGACGCGGCGGUUGUCGCGGCGGGGUGAGUCCUCCCGAUCCUCAAUAUCUGAGCAGUCCAAUCGGAGAGCCAUUAGACCUGAAACACACGCGGAAGGACCAAAAUUUAUGUUAAAAACCUUACAUAGCGACCGGCAACGGGUACAGCUUGUGUACCGGUCGUUUGUACUCCCCGGUGGCGGUGGUGACCUCAGCCACACGGACAUGGUUGUCGGCACCUGGGAAUACUGCGGAGACCCGACCCAAUCUCCAGGCUAAUGGCGGCGCGUGUGGAUCAUGGAUUAAGACCAAGGAUCCGACUUCCAAGGAAGGGGUUACGUCGGUCCACUUCUUCCGCGGUUGCAGAGAACACAAGUACUCGGUGCUCCAGCGUCUCCAUAUCUGCUGGGCGAGGGCCUGCGUGAGGUUCCAACGGUGCAGAUAAGUGAGAUCCUUGUCUUCAUAGCGGGUCUCUGGCGGUGCGGCGAGCGGUCUUCCGAUCAGGAAGUGCCCUGGCGUAAGGGCAGCUAAAUCCAACGGGUCCGAGGAUAGCGGGGUAAGCGGGCGUGAGUUGAGCAUGGCUUCGAUGCGUUGACUCAGCGUUUGGAAUUCCUCCAAGACUAGCGUGGUGGACUGCGCGGCGCGAGCUAGGUGAAACUUCGCGCUCUUGACAGCGCUUUCCCAUAUGCCUCCUUGAUGGGGCGCGGCGGGAGGAUUGAAAUGGAAGUUUAUACCUGCGUCAUACGCGUACUGUAGCAGCUGCGGGUUCUUCGGAUGCAUGAGGCGGUACAAGGCGUUCUUGGCUCCUACGAACUGAGUUCCACAAUCGCUGAAAAGGUCACUCGGACAUCCACGUCGGGCGAUGAAGCGGCUAAGCGCUGCGAGGAACGCAACCGUCGUGAGAUCGUGGACGACUUCAAUGUGAACAGCCUUCACACACAAACAGACGAAGAUGCAUAGAUAGACAUUUACAACGCGCGCAGAGCGGAGCUGAUGGAUCUUCACUUUGAAUGGCCCAGCAUAAUCCAUGCCAGUCUUCAGGAAUGGCGGGUUUGGGAGCACGCGUUCUGGAGGCAAAUCCCCCAAGAUAUUAAUUAUUCAAGAUACGUAUAAGUAAGUGUCAGAAUAUUAAUAUAGGCAUACAAUAAAAUAAAAAGUGAACUGAUAUGAAGCUAAAAAGAUUAAGCCAAAGCUCUAUUGAUUCAUUGAAAUAAAAAGUAAUCUCUGUGAUAUUUAGGUAUAAGUAUGUUAAAAAUUGAGUUUUAUCAGAGAAUUAAUGAGAAAAUCUAUCAAUAUAUGAAAGACGUUUUCUCAUGGUUCUCAUAAUCAGACUUCAAAUCAUUGUUCUUCAGAUGGACUGUUUUCAGUAUUAUUUGUGAUGUGCAGGCAAAUUUUUUAAUCUGGAGGAAAACACAUUCGAUCAAGCUAGAGUUUUCAAUCUGUCUUUACUUUACACAUUUUGAAACUUGAGUAGUGGACCACAAUGGUCACAUACUUAAAAUAAUGUAUAAUAAAUAUGAUUUGUUUUUGAAA